GCUGCUCUGGAGGAUUCUUCCUGGUAAGACGCUGCCGGCAGCGGAGGAACCCGACCCCCCAAGGUUUUCUCUGGUUCCUCGAGUUGGGCAGAGGGAUCGCCCCUGACACCUGGUGGGGCUGGAAUGCCGGGGUCGAGCCGCCCGAGCGCGAGUGCGGGAACCGGUCAGUGUCCGGCGCUGCCUGCUCCUGCCUGCUCUUGGCAGGCAGCCCCGACCGGGUCAUCCGUGCAGGGUUGAUACCCGGGACUUCCCCCUUCCAUCAGCUCCGGCCCCCCCACGGAGACUGCAUAGCAAUGAAUCUGCCCUAGUGGUCGUGGGCUCGGCUGCUCGGGUUCUGGUACCCCGACCUGCUCAAAGGCGAUCGAUUAAUAGUUAGGGUGAGACCAUGACCAGGUGGGCACGAGUUACCACGACCCAAAGCAAGAGACCUUUCUCUGCCACAUCGUGGGAGGAUUUGAAGAAAGGAGCCUCUGAGGGGAAAAGCCAAAACCUACCAAAGCGUCAACAUGAAGUCAAUAAGCUGUCCCUUAAAAAGGGUGCACCCCAAGCAAAACACAAAAAGAACAAGAAGAAAAAGGAGUAUUUAAAUGAAGACGUGAAUGGAUUCAUGGAAUACCUAAGACAAAACUCACAGAUGUCUCACAGUGGGGAGAUAAUAGCAACAGACAGUCAGGAAGUAAGGGACGAAAUAGCAGUUGCUUUAAAGAAAGAUAAUCGUCGGGAAGGAAGACGAUUAAAAAGGCAAGCAGCGAAGAAAAAUGCAAUGGUAUGCUUCCAUUGUAGACAGCCGGGCCAUGGGGUUGCAGAUUGCCCAGCUGCCCUGGAGAACCAAGAUAUGGGCACGGGAAUAUGUUACCGGUGUGGGUCCACAGAGCAUGAAAUAACCAAGUGCAAAGCAAAAGUUGACCCAGCUCUAGGUGAAUUUCCUUUUGCAAAAUGUUUUGUUUGUGGGGAAAUGGGGCACCUGUCUAGGUCCUGUCCUGAUAAUCCCAAAGGACUUUAUGCUGAUGGUGGUGGCUGCAAACUUUGUGGCUCUGUGGAACAUUUUAAGAAAGAUUGUCCUGAAAGUAAGGAUUCAGAGCGAAUGGUCACAGUUGGUCGCUGGGCGAAGGGAAUGAGUGCAGACUACGAAGAAGUUUUGGAUGUGCCCAAAGUACAGAAACCUAAAACAAAGACACCCAAAGUUGUUAACUUUUGAUAAGCAUUAUUCCUGUUGUCAGCCAUCACCUCACAGUGCCGUCCUGGACUAGGUCAACUUUACCUGUUGGAGCUGGGCUCCUGAGGAGGCCUGUAGCAGAGCUACCAGUGGGGUGUGGGGUGUGGGGGUGGUCGAUUUUCUGACUUUACCCAUCAAGGACUAUAGUCUAAAGUAGGUAGAAGAAUUUUCAAUUUGAUUCUCUGAAAGAACAUCUUUCAGAAGGAAGAACUGAGGUGUAACCAAGUGGUUAUAUACAGGAUUGUAACAAUCAACUUUUUUAAAAAACAAAAUCAGGCAUUUAUAUGAACCACCUGUAAACUAAAGGUAACUUCUUUGCAGUUGGCAAUCUUAGAGAACAUGAAUUUUUUGCCUAUAUUUUUCUGGUUCAAAGUAUUAGUUUGUUAUAACAAAUUUAUUUAUAACUUAUCAUAUAAAUCUGUAUUUGAAAAUGUUGAAUAAAAAACCUCA